CUGCGUUGUAUUUCGUCCAAGGCUGUGUCCGCUUUUAUAGCCAUGUUGGAAGCCGCAGCCUGCCUCGUGCACCAAUUUCGCUUCUGGCAAUCGCCAGGCCGUUUCAUGGACUUGGAUCCCAUCGAAUAAUGCUUUUGAUACUUUAGGAACAACUAGAUAGGGAUAGGGAAGUCGAGGCACUGGGCCAUCUCCUAGAGGUCAUGCAGUAUGCAUACAUAUCAACUUGAUCAUGGUAUCAAAUCCUGGCGGGUAUUUUUGACCAUUAUUAGGGCUCCUCAUAUUGGGACAGCAGCGGUGCUUGGUCUUCGACCAAGUAUCCCGGUCAUUUUGCACUUCAGUGCAGGAGUUCGAUUGGACCUUGACAGCGUUGAUGAGGCCCUACAUAUCAACCAUCCAGGAAAGAUGAUGAUCCCUGUGAUUCUAGAUAGGUUCACCAUUCACGGCACGAAUGGCAACCAUGCUUGCUACGUUUCAGCGCCAGCGAGCGCUAGCCUCUCCGGAGCGAAAGAUGGCUCAUGGAUCCGCUUAUUUCAGCUGGACGUAGCCAGGUCAUUGGCUGCGCAACUCGUUCUUGUGGUUGAUUUUGUCCAUGCCCAAGGAAUCGUCCAUGGAGACCUUCACCUUGGCAACAUUCUUCUCAAAGUUCCGCGCAAUUUUGACCAGCUGUCACUCAAUCAAUUAUAUGAGAAAUAUGGAGCACCGGAACUUGACCCAAUUGUUCGUCUAGAUGGCAACCCUCUUCCGCCUGGAGUUCCGUCCCACGGCAUUGCGCCCAUUUGGUUGGGUGAAGCGAGUGAGAAAAUCACACUUUCAGAAGCCAGGAUCCUGCUUACGGACUUUGGUGAAGCCUUUUCCCGCUCAAAAGAACGGAAAUACGAAUCCCACACCCCCCUUGCUAUCCGUUCCCCCGAGGCGCGGUUUGAACCAAACAACUCUCUAUCUUUUCCAUCGGACAUUUGGACUCUUGCCUGUACCAUAUGGUCAAUCGUCGCCCAACGACCAUUGUUUGAAGGGUUUCUCAUGACGGAGGACGACAUGACCCGUGAGCAUGUCGAUGCUCUUGGUAUUUUGCCGCUUGAAUGGUGGAGAAAGUGGGAGGCGCGACGACUGAAAUUUACUGAGGACGGUAAGCCAAUAAACCGCAACCCUUUCCGAUCCUGGGACGAUCGGUUUGAGGAUAGCGUGCAACAGCCCAGGCAAGAGAGUGGCAUACCGUCGUUUGAUGCAAGGGAGAGGGAAGCUUUCUUCGACAUGCUACGUCCGAUGUUCUCAUUCAGACCUGAGAAUCGCCCUACGACCAAGCAAAUUCUCAAGUCAGAAUGGAUGCGAAAAUGGGCUCUCCCUGAAUAUGGCAAAAUUCAAGAUGUUGUAUAAAUUAUUCUGGGAUGGGACUGCAUUAUAAUUUUUAUCCGCCUAUGAGCAUAAAACGACGUGUUUCCAGCGCGUAAAUAGUUGAUCCCUCUACUUAUGUCACUCUGCGCCGUGCUCCUCCUUCAGCAAGAGCCCCUCCCCUGAUUUCUUCACAAAUCAUCUCCCUAAAAGUAGGGCGUGCGCAGCACGAAGAUUGACCUUGAUAUUCCAUAGGCAAAAGCAUCACCUGUGAGAAGAGAAAUACGCCCUUAACCACCGAAUCAG